AUGGCGGCCGCGCUGGGAACGGGCGGAGGAGCCGGCGCCGCAGAUGAUGACUUUGACCAAUUUGAUAAGCCUGGUGCAGAGCGGUCCUGGAGGAGAAGGGCUGCAGAUGAGGACUGGGACAGUGAACUUGAAGAUGACUUACUUGGAGAAGAUUUGCUAUCUGGCAAAAAGAAUCAGUCGGAUUUGUCAGAUGAAGAGCUGAAUGAUGAUCUUUUACAGAGUGAUAAUGAAGAUGACGAAAAUUUCAGUUCUCAGGGUGUCACAAUUAGUCUGAAAACCACAUCUGGCAUAGUCACAUCAUAUGAACUGGCUGACAACACUAAUGACCAGUCUGGAGAACAGGAAUCCGAGUAUGAGCAAGGAGAGGAUGAACUGGUUUAUCACAAGUCAGAUGGGUCUGAAAUGUACGCUCAUGAGUAUCCCGAGGAAGGACAGUAUGAAGGCCAGGAUGCCGAGCUGACAGAAGACCACAUGGAGUAUGUGGAAGAGCCAGAGGAGGAGCAGCUAUACAAUGACGAAGUGUUGGACAUCGAGAUCAAUGAGCCUUUAGAUGAAUUCACAGGGAGUAUGGAGACUUUGGAAAUGCAGAAGGAAAUAAAAGAAGAAUCAGAUGAAGAAGAUGAUGAGGAUGAAGAAUCUGGAAGAUUGCGUUUCAAAACUGAAAGGAAAGAAGGAACAAUUAUUAGGCUCUCAGACGUAACUCGAGAGAGAAGGAACAUUCCAGAAACUUUGGAGCUUUCAGCAGAAGCCAAAGCUGCAUUGCUUGAGUUUGAAGAAAGAGAACGCCAGCAUAAGCAGGGCCGCUAUGGUUCACGGCGGGGCGGGAGGAGAGGAGGCCCUCUAAUGUGUCGUGGAAUGGGGGACCAGAGAAGAGAGAACAGCGAGAGGGGCCGCAUGAAGGACCACAGACCUGCGCUGCUCCCCACACAGCCUCCCGUGGUGACGCACUCUCCAAGAUUAAUUCCUCCAACCCAGCCUCAGCCUCCCCCCCCACCGCCACCCCAGCAGCAGCCCAUUCGAAGCCUGUUCCAGCAGCAGCCCCUACAGCCCCUGCUGCCCCUGCAGCACCCGCACCACCCCUCCCCUCCGCAAGGAAUGCAUGUGCCACCCCAGAUGGAGGCGCCCAGGGUGAUGAUGACCCCUCCACCUGUGACCCCACAGCAGCCCAAGAACAUCCACAUAAACCCCCACUUCAAAGGAGCGGUGGUGACGCCUGUGCAAGUGCCCCUGCUGCCAGUCCCGAGCCAACAGAGACCUGCGGUGGGACCCCAGAGAUUCCCAGGCCCUCCAGAAUUUGCACAGCACACCCCUGGACCGGUUCCCAACAAUUUUAGCCAGCCCCCACGGCUUCCUCUGCAGGACCAGUGGAGAGCACCACCCCCUCCCCAGGAGCGAGACCCCUUCUUCUUAGGAGUUUCAGGUGAACCUCGUUUCCCAAGUCAUCUCUUUCUGGAGCAGCGAAGCCCCCCACCACCGCCACCCCCUCCCACACUUCUCAGCAGCGCUCACCCUGUGCCCACGCCCAAUCCCUUACCAUUCACUCAGCCUGGACCAGCUUUUAAUCAGCAAGGACAGCAGCCCGUAUUCCCUCGGGAGAGGCCUGUGAGGCCCACCCUGCAGCCUCCAGGUCCCGUGGGCCUGCUGCACUUCAGCCAGCCAGGGUCCGCGGCCGCUCGGCCUUUCAUUCCUCCUCGACAGCCCUUCCUGCCGUGCCCUGGACAGCCAUUUCUGCCCACACACGCUCAGCCUAACCUCCAGGGGCCUCUGCACCCCCCGUUACCCCCUCCCCACCAGCCUCCGCCACAGCCUCAGCAGCAGCCCCCGCUGCAGCCACCUCCACAGCACCCGCCGCCCCCCCAGGCGCAGCACCAGCCUCCUCACCAGCCGCAGCAGCACCAGCACCACCACCACCUGUCCGUUCCCCCACCACCUCUGAUGCCCAUGCCGCAGCCCCAGUUCAGGCCUCAUAUGCAGACGGCUCAGCCUCAGCAGAAUAGCAGUCGGAUGCAGUGCCCCCAGCGCCAGGGGCUGAGGCAUAAUACGACAUCUCAGAAUGUAACCAAACGGCCAAUGCAGCAGCUACAGCCAACUGCUGCCAGAAACAGUAACUUGCGUGAAUUACCAAUAGCACCCUCACACGUCAUGGAACUGAGUAACAGUCGUGGUGCAUCCACGCCUGGUGCUCAUGGAAAGCCGACGGGCAGCAUGUCACCACCCUUGAGACCUGGGCCUAGGAACACACAGGGGAAGACGGACUUGAAGGCCAAGCCGGUUAGCCCUGAGGGUCAACCUAAGGAAGAAGCAAAAGCAGAACCAGAGUUUCCCGAUGAAGAUGAGGAAACGAGGCUGUACCGCUUAAAGAUAGAAGAGCAGAAGCGCCUGCGAGAGGAGAUCCUGAAGCAGAAGGAGAUGCGCCGGCAGCAGCAGGCUGGCGCCAGGAAGAAGGAGCUCCUGGAGAGGCUGGCGCAGCAGCAGCAGCAACAGCAGCAGCAGCAACUCUGCAGCCCCGGGGCCCCUGUGGAGCGGGAAGAGCCGCCAGUGUUGCCGUUGCCCACGAAUGGAAACCCCUUGCUGCCCUUCCCUGGUGCCCAGGUCCGACAGAAUGUGAAAAACAGACUUCUCGUGAAAAACCAAGAUGUUGCUCUUUCAAGUCUUCAGCCGAAAACGUCAAACUUCGUGCCAUCUGGUGCUCACAUGCAGUAUUCGGGACAGCCGGUGAGACCACUGAAGCACUUGAGACACAAAGUCCUGCAGGCACAGCCUGAGGAUGGGGACGAGCUGCCCCCAGCACAGACCGCCCGAGUGACGGCCCUGCAGGGCCGGCCCCCGGACUCCAAGCCCGGCACCAAAAGGACUGUCAUGCACCGGGCAAACAGCGGUGGCGGAGAUGGGCCGCAUGUGGGCUCCAAAGUCAGGGUGAUUAAGUUGUCAGCUGGGCAGGGAGGAGAGAGCGAUGGCUUUUUUCACCCGGACGGCCAGCCCCAGCGACCUCCCCAGCCUCCAGAAGUGAGACAGCAGCCUGUCCGCAAGGUGACGCUGACCAAGGGGGCCCUUCAGCAGCCCCAGCACCUGCCAGUCGGGGCCCAUGUGUACUCAGCAGGCCCUCCAGGCAUCAAGAGCAUCCAAGGGAUUCACCCCACCAAGAAGGUCGUCAUGCACGGGAGAGGCCGGGGAACAGCAGGGCCAAUGGGCCGCGGGCGCCCGAUGCCAAAUAAGCAGAACCUGCGGGUGGUGGAGUGCAAGCCGCAGCCCUGCGUUGUGUCUGUCGAAGGCCUGUCGUCAUCCACCACUGAUGCCCAGCUGAAGAGCCUGCUCAUGUCAGUGGGACCCAUACAGAGUUUACAGAUGCUUCCCCAGCAACGGAAAGCCAUAGCCAAGUUUAAGGAGCCAGCCCACGCGUUGGCAUUUCAGCAGAAGUUCCACAGGCACAUGAUCGAUUUGUCCCACAUAAAUGUGGCCCUGAUUGUGGAAUGA